CAACAUUGUGUUUACAUACCACUCUGCAUGGAUUUUAACGUUUAUUUCUAAUUAUCAAAAUAAUAUUAAGAAAUGGGAAAAAGGUAUUAUUGUGAUUACUGCUGUUGCUAUAUAAAAAACGACAUGAAUAUUCGCAAAUUGCAUAAUGCAGGCCAAAGUCAUGCCAUGGCUAAGACAUUUUAUAUGCGGCGCUUUGAAGAUCCUCUCAAAGUAUUAACUGAAGAGCGCGCAAAAUUGGUUUGUAAUAGAUAUUUCUCCAACUAUUGCAAAUUUGAGUUGACCUGCAAUUUAAGCCACUACAGCGAUCACCAGCUUCAGCAACUGGAAGUAUUAGCUAAAAACAAGCGAAAACGCAACAGGAACAAAAAGAAAAUCAGACGAUUGCCCCCUUCCCUAGAGCCUUUACAGCUGGCCAAGCUUUUACAAACCGAUUGGACAACAAAGUGGGGUUAAAUAACUUGUGUGUUAAAUUAAAU